ACAUUUUCCUUGGGGGGCGGAGCGGGUUGGCCCAUGACUAUCCAGUCUGGAGAAUACCCUCGAAUUCUCACCAUCAUCACCUGGCACUCAAUCGACACUUAAUAAAAUCCUUGUAGAAUUCUUAAUAAAUUUCUUGGUGGACAGAUCUGAAUGGCCUCAGGGCAGUGCCUAUUUCAAUACCACCUCUUACCACCAGGUGGUCUGGAGGUUGAGGAUCCGACCUGGCCAGGCGCAAGACACCCUGGGAAUUGUAGUUCGCCAGAUGAACAGAGAAAGGCGAGACCAAGCUGUGCAUCCUGGGAGUUGGAGUAUUUGCCACAGUGCCCUCUGCGCAGGCGCAGGCCGACAGCCAUUUCCGGACGCCAGGGUCGCACAGAAUCCCAAGGAGGUUUCCUAGAGGAAUCAUGGCUACCUAUAGCCUAGCGAAUGAGCGACUUCGCGCCCUGGAAGACAUCGAACGGGAAAUCGGCGCCAUCCUCCAGAAUGCAGGGACCGUGAUCCUAGAACUGUCGAAGGAAAAAACCAACGAGCGACUCCUCGACCGGCAGGCGGCGGCCUUCACAGCAUCGGUGCAGCACGUGGAGGCGGAGCUGUCGGCUCAGAUCCGCUACCUCACGCAGGUGGCCACAGGGCAGCCCCAUGAGGGCUCCAGCUACUCUUCAAGAAAAGACUGUCAAAUGGCUCUGAAGCGAGUAGACUAUGCCCGCCUCAAGCUCAGUGAUGUGGCGCGAACCUGUGAGCAGAUGCUGGAGAACUAAGCCAAGGAAGUGAAUCCAGAGCAUGGAAGGAGACCAUGACUGAACCUGACAGAAUUAGAGACCUGUAGGAUGAGAGGUGUGGACUGAGGCAUUCAUACGUGCCCUGCUGGUCAAGAGUAUACUAGGACAAAAGGGGCAGAAGGUGGAAAUGGAAAAACUAAAGCCCAAGCCUUCCCACAGCUGUGCCCUGGUUCCUCCAGCAUGGUGCUCCUGCUUUCCACUACACAAGCUUAGACAGGAGCUGGAGAUUCACCUGCCCAACCCACUUCCUCAUGCAUGUCAUGCUCCUGUCCCAGGCUUCCUGGAAACCUGGCCAAGGAAGAUAUACUCUUCCUUUGUUGGAAGAAACAAAACAAGAACUAAGAAUUUUAAUA